AUGAAGGUCAUUCCACCCAACUUUGGCUAUGUGGAGGAGGGCAUCUUCCGCUGUGGUGCGCCAGAGCCGCGCCACUACGGCUUUCUCGCAUCUCUGGGGCUGCGCACAUGCAUCCUGCUCACGGACAUCCACGACGAAGCCUUUGUGCACUGGCUGCAGGAGUCUGGGGUUACGAUCUUCUGCCCUCUCGUGAGCGAAUCACAGGCUUGCAGCACGUUCCGGGGUGCGGCGCAGGCGUACACACUCAUCACCGCAGUCGACGACGUCACGCGUGGGAACACGAUAGGUGUCUUGUCCAGUGGACCCGCGAACGCGAAUGUGAGCAAUGCUGGCAAGAUUAAGAAGGAGGGUCGCGAAGGCACCACGGCCAGCUGCAGCGGUGCCGACGGCAACCGCCCGUACAUGGACCCGCUGGGCAAUGGCAACGCCAGUCAAGUCGAAGGCGACGGCUGGCCGGAUGGCAACGGAGAGGGCAUAAAGGAGGAACGCGGCGCCCCCACUGGGGGCCAGAGCUGGCCUGCCACGUCUACCGGCACCGCCACUGCGGGCACAUCGAAUGCCGUGCGUUUCCUGCAAGAAAACGUCGGCGACCGCCAGAAUGGCUCCAAAUUCUCGCCAGUGCACAUCCCGGCGCCGCUCUACUUCCCCACCAAUGGACCGCGCGACAACGGCGGCGGCAGUGGCAGCUUUGAGGCAGCGGCGCCGUCCUACGAGGGCAAGCUGCACGGCCUCAUGACCCUCUCCGAGGCGGUCGUCGUCAGCAUCCUGCACAUCCUGCUAGACCCGCAGUACUAUCCGCUGCUCAUCACCUGCUCCAAGGGACGCUACCGCUCCGGCAUUGUGUGUGGGUGUCUACGCAAGCUUCAGGGAUGGAAUCUCGUCUCCAUCCUCGAGGAGUACCGCCGCUUCGCCGGAAACAAGAGCCGCGCCGACAACGAGGAGUUCAUCGAGCUCUUCGACGAGGAGCUUGUGAGUUUGGAGCUCUCCGAUGGCCGUCGGCCCACCAUCCUGUACAACGCGUGA